CCGGGAACCCGGAAGUGUUGAGCGGGGGGAGUCGGGGCCGCGAUGAGCGAAGGGUCGGAGCCGGCGGCGCCCGCCGGGGUCCGCAUCGUGGUGGAGUAUUGUGAGCCCUGUGGGUUUGAGUCCACGUACCUGGAAUUGGCAAGUGCAGUGAAAGAAGAGUACCCAGAUAUAGAAAUUGAAUCCAGGCUCGGGGGGAAAGGUACCUUUGAAAUUGAAAUCAAUGGGCAGCUUGUCUUCUCCAAACUAGAAAAUGGUGGUUUUCCUUAUGAGAAGGAUCUCAUUGAAGCAAUAAGAAGAGCCAGAAAUGGGGAACCUCUAGAAAAAAUCACCAACAGUCGUCCCCCCUGUGUCAUCCUGUAGCUCCGGCAGCACCCUCCUCGUCACUACAGGCCUUGUGUUCUGAUCACCUUCAACUCUGCCCAUCCACUCUGAAAUCCCAUUACCUUGCUGCUUUGCUCCUCUCUGCCUUCUGGCUUAAUUGUCUUACUCUAUGGCCAGGCAGCGUCAUGUGUGGAAGAGACAUCAAGGUAACUUGAAUCGCUAACAUGGCUGUACAAAGAGGCUUGUGGGAAUGGCAUCACAUCAGGUGACUUGGGAUCGGGGAUGGGAUAGCUGAGAGCUUACUACAUGUUGCUGUUGGGUAGAAAUGACUAAACUUUGGAACUACUUUGUGCAUGCCAUCUAACCCCAGACAGUCACCCAAGCCCCAAGGAGGAGGAGAGUGUCCCCACUCCAUCAUUUUCUACCCUUCUUCCUCUCCAUAAAUGUCCCCGUUUCUCCUUUGCUGUAGCAAAUACAUGGGCAACUAAUUGGCCUGCUGCCAGCCUCCCUUAAAAUCCUGGUAGGUUGAGUGGAGUCAGCCAGAGAGCAGGAGUCCCCACCAGGAGUUCUAAGUGCACUGAGAAAGCUCUGCCUGUUUUGCUUAGCACUGUGUAAUAUGGAAAUGAGAAAGUCAGUGUUUUGGGGCAGAGAAAUGACCGCAGUGGUUAUGAAGACCUGGUGAUUUGGAUCAAAAGGUUUUAGAGAAGAACUGAAUUGCUAAAUACUAUUGUUAAUCAUUUAAAAAAACCCUUGUCACAACCCUUGUCACUGUUUAAACCAGUGCUAAAGCAGGAUCAAUUAGAUAUCAGUUUUUGGAUAGUAAAAUCCCUUUCUUAUUUUCUCUCCUCCUGUGAGAACCAUAAUUAGUGACUGUCUUCUAAUUGCCCAUCUGCUCCCUGCAGAAAACUUCCCCCUCCACCCCACCCCAUUCCUCCUGUUUUAACACCCAAUUUUCACUUUCUAUUGUCAUGACUUUGCCCUUUGACACUGAAUGCCAAGGGGGUGAAUGAGCUAAAGGAUAAAGUGCUAAGUGACUUAAGAGAAUGCUGGUGUUAAAGAUAAGAACCUGGCAGUGCCAAUGAAAUUCUGGCUACCCAGUGUCUAAUUUAUGCUUUAAGGGGGGUGAUUCUAUUUAUUAUAGACUGUGUAUUUAAAAAAAAAAGCCAGUAGUAAAUAAAAUCACAGUAAAACCUUG